GUUGAGAAUGUGGAUAAGGGAUAAGGUUCCAAACCCCAUUUGUCCAAUGAAAAUCAUCCAUGUAAAGCUAUUCAUCACUUGGAACCACGCAUUUGUGAGCAAAAGAUAUUCAAUUCCCAGUCAGAAAUUACGAAACCCCUUUUGCUCUGCUCGCUGCUCAGUUAUAUUCUUGUUCUGGAUAUAGGGAAUCUAAGAACAGCUCCAAAUGGCAACUGCUGCAUCCACCACCAUGGCCAGCCAGCUCCAGAGCAGCCUUGCUUCAUCCCUGACAACUAGGUUGGCUACCCCAAAGGGCAUCUCUGCAGCUCCAUUCAGAGUCUUACCCUCAAGGAGGAAGUCUUGCUUCACCAUCAAAGCUAUCCAAUCGGAGAAGCCAACUUAUCAAGUAAUUCAGCCCCUGAAUGGCGAUCCGUUCAUCGGAAGCCUUGAGACCCCGGUGACAUCAAGCCCCAUAGUCGCUUGGUUCCUCUCCAACCUCCCAGGUUACAGGACAGCGGUGAGCCCGCUUCUCAGGGGAAUUGAGGUCGGCCUAGCCCAUGGGUACCUCUUGGUUGGCCCGUUCGUGAUUACAGGCCCGCUGAGGAACACCGACAUCAAAGGUCCAGCCGGUUCACUCGCAGCUGCUGGGCUUGUCAUCAUCCUCAGCAUUUGCUUGACAAUGUAUGGCAUCGCAUCCUUCAACGAGGGUGAGCCCUCAACUGCCCCGGGACUGACCUUGACCGGCAGGAAGAAGGAGCCUGACCAGUUGCAGACUGCUGAGGGAUGGGCUAAGUUCAGUGGAGGGUUCUUCUUUGGUGGGAUCUCUGGUGUCAUCUGGGCUUACUUCCUUCUCUAUGUCCUUGACCUUCCUUACUACAUUAAGUAAUUUUUUUGAUGUUGUAACUAUUUUGAUUCCUCGAUGGAAAAUGAAAGUUGUAUAUUUAUAUUAAGGGAUUAAUCAUUUGUACAAUUGACAUUGAUGAUGCCUGAUGAAUUUUGCCGUUCUUGAUCUUUUACAUCGAGUAUAAUCUACAUGCCAAGAUCAACAAGAAAAUACACUCUGAAGAUUCAUAGUUGAAGAUCAACCAUGGAUCGAGAUAUACUCUUAAUAAUAUUAUUAUAUGUUGCUCAUAAAGGUAUUUAUUUACCUUACU